AUGUUUCACCUUGUCAAGUCGUUCUAUUUAUCCCCAUUAACCAAUGGGUACAGCAUGUCGGACAGGGAAAAGGAAGAGGGUCUCCCAGUUGCCCCAUUCAUGGAUCGUGAAAAGGUCACCAAAUCUUCCGCUCAGACCGGAUUUCUCAAAUUCGUUCUUAUCCCCAUGUUCCAGACGGUUGCCAAAAUAUUCCCCAUCAUUGACGAGAUUAUGGUUACUCAAUUGAAAGUUGCUUUGCAUCGUUACGAGGAACUUCAGGCUGAGGAAGAGGGCGAACGAAAAAAGUCAAGUGCGAUCAUUGACGAAGCUGACUAA